UCGUGGUAUCAGCAAGCAUGUUGAAAAUUUCUUGCGUGGAUUUCUUUUCCUUGCUCUUGAAUUUUCUCGCUUAUAAGAUUGUCCCGGAAGCAAUUUAUCUUGUAACUAUUGUAUUGUACGGUUCCAAUAUGCGCAGCAUACGAGGAUUCGAUGGCUUUGCACCCAAAGCCCACACGAAGACUUUCGGAUCUGGAUCCCGAGGAUUCAUUCAAUGAUCCUGUACAGCUUAAUGAAUCGUGGUUCUAUGGACCCCCAAAGAAAAAGCAAGCAUUGAGUCCGAAGGGCGAAGGUGGAGUGAAAACAUCAUUAUCUUGCCCAGGAACCUUCAAAAAGGCAUCGUUAAUCGAAAAAAGCCUAGGUGAAAUGGAGACUUUUCCUAAACAGCGCCUCGCACUCGCCAAGCUCGAAGAAUCAUCCAAAAUUUUCAGAAACUCGCGCGUUUUCAGCGUCGAAUGUCCUGAAUUUACGGGCGGAGAACGCCGAUAUCUUGUCAGUACAGUGGAACGAUUUUGGGUUUGGUACCAGUCGUUGGAAAAACGAAACUUCUACGAGCUUAUAACUGAAUCGACACCAUGCCGGCUUUAUUUUGAUUUGGAAUACUCUAAAAGCUCAAAUCCUGAUAUUGACCACAAGGCUGCUUAUAAGCAUUUCAUAGGCAAAGUGAAGUGUCAGCUGAAGUCUGAUUUUGACUUAGAUGUAAACCCAGACAAGGACUUCCUGGUUCUGGAUAGCUCAACCGACAGCAAGUUCUCGGCACAUGUGAUUUGUCAUCUUCCUGGUGGAUAUCUUUUUCCUUCAAAUACGCAUAUUCGUCCAUUUUGCAAUCGACUUCACGAUUCACUGCUUGAUAAUCCUCCAGUGAAAAUCUGGAACUCUGAUGGGGAUAAGGAAACUGUGAUAUUUGAUAGUGCCGUCUACACGAAGAAUCGUAACUUCCGACUCUAUCUUUCAUCAAAGUUGGGGAAGCAUACCAUGCUAAAGCUGGCUGAUUAUUGCAAAUUCUAUGGAUCUAAGAGGCCCUCCGAUCGACAGAUUUUCUUUGACUCAAUCUGCGUCCCUGUUCAUACGUCCGAAUGUCCGUUACUGAAAGUUGUAGACAAUGAAGUCGCAGAUACCGCAAAAGAAACAUCCCGCGUUGUUGGGGCUGCAAAAGUGCACGAGAGCUCCGGGCCAUCGCCUUUUCCACAGUUGGAUGAAUUUAUGAUUAUGAUAUGGAAGAAGUGGAAUCAGAGCGUUUAUAUACGACAAUGGAGGAUCACCGAAAACGAUCAAAAUGUCAUCACAAGCAUCACAUACUAUCCAGCAAAUUGUCGCUAUUGUUUCAAUAUCGGUCGUGAACACAAAAGCAAUGGAACUUAUUGGAUAGUAAAUUUAGAAAGGAAUGAUUUCUGUCAGAAGUGUUUUGAUGUCGAAUGUCGAGGUGUUUCCUCCAAUUUGUUCCCCUUGCCUCCAUUUAUGGCAAAUGCACUGCACCAGGAUGGCGAUCGGAAUGGUUCGAAACAAAACCUAGACGACACAUUCUCCGAUGACGACGAAGCGGCGUCGUUUUUUGACGAAAGUGCAAUUGAACUGCACGAGUUUUUCACACACUGGGACGAGGUGUUCGAACAAUGAAUGUGUAGCGUGGAAGUUUCUUUCACUAACCUGCCGUAUCUCCUAUAUUAGUUCUCGUAGAUUUUGCUCUUUGACUUUUCAGACGUCGAUCAAGUUUUUUCAGUGAUUUAACCAACACCAAGAUUAUCAUAGCAUUUAUUCGGCAAACCAUUUAUUCGGUUUUCAGAUAUCUUUUGAAAAGGUGCAAUGAAGAGUCUAUACCUUUACAGUCCUGGAUAGAAUGAAGUUGUGUAUUUUCACUGAUUUAAUCUUUUUUUGCCUAAUU